GGCAAUUAUUUCCGGCCAUCACUUUCUUCUCUACUUCUUUCUUUCUCUCUCUAGUUGUUGUUCUCUCUCUCUCUCGCAUCCUCCAAUUCAUCGUCCUCACGUUCCCUUUUGUUUAUUCAUCUUCCUUCCUUCUUCACAUUUCUGAUUUUCUCUAUUUGGGGGGUUUGUUUCCACAUUAUACAUAUCUAGGGUUUUGAGAUGGUUAAUUGAAAGAUAAUGGUCGAAGUUUCGGAGGAAUUGGCUUCACAUUGUGGGUGUUUCUGGCUUCCUCAGGUUUAAAUCUGAGGUUGAUCUCUUUUGUUUUUUGGUAAAUUGUGACAUAUUUUGGCUCGAAGAAGAAGAAGAAGAGGCAAUGAGCGCAUCAAGGUUCAUAAAGUGCGUCACCGUUGGUGAUGGAGCUGUUGGUAAAACCUGUUUGCUGAUUUCUUAUACCAGCAACACCUUUCCCACGGAUUAUGUUCCGACUGUUUUCGAUAACUUUAGUGCAAAUGUGGUUGUUAAUGGAGCCACGGUGAAUCUUGGAUUGUGGGAUACUGCAGGGCAAGAGGACUAUAACAGAUUAAGACCUUUGAGUUACCGUGGUGCUGAUGUUUUCAUUCUUGCCUUCUCUCUCAUUAGUAAGGCUAGUUAUGAGAAUGUUUCCAAGAAGUGGAUUCCUGAGUUGAAGCACUAUGCUCCUGGUGUCCCAAUUGUCCUUGUUGGAACCAAACUAGAUCUUCGAGAUGACAAACAGUUUUUCAUCGACCAUCCUGGUGCUGUCCCUAUUACCACUGUUCAGGGAGAGGAGCUGAAGAAGCUAAUUGGAGCGCCAGCUUACAUCGAGUGCAGUUCAAAAUCACAAGAGAACGUGAAGGGCGUGUUUGAUGCAGCGAUCAGAGUGGUCCUUCAACCUCCAAAGCAGAAGAAAAAGAAGAACAAAGCACAAAAGGCCUGCUCCAUCUUGUAAUAGCACUCAUGGAAGUCAAGAAGCUCUUUGAGAUGAGGAUGACAGGGUGGUUUAAAAAAGUAUCGCUUUUUCAUUUUUGUUGUUGUUUUCCGUUUUCAUUUGUGAUCUCUUAGUUCCGUACAAAACGAAUUGUGAGGUUAAUUCAACUUCUAUUUUAACUGAUAGCCGAGAAAGCUUGUCUAGUUAUUUACAAAUGUUUUAUCAAUUGUGAUAA